AUGCUGACACGGGUGCUAUUGCUGGUGAGAAUGUGGACACGGCAUUUACUGGUGCUGAGAAUGUUUUUUUCGGGUGCUACUGGUGCUGAAAAUGUGGACACGGUUACUACUGCUGCUGAGAAUACUGACACUGCUGCUAUUGGUGCUGAGAAUGUUGUCACGGCUGCUACUGGGGCUGAGAUUGGUAACACGGCUGUUACUGUGGCUGAGAAUGUUAACACGGCUGUUACUGGUGCUGACGAUGUUGACAUGGGUGAUACUGCAGCUGCAAAUAUUGACACGGCUGCUACUUCUGCUGAAAAUGUUGACACGGCUGCUACUGUUGCUGAGAAUGCUGACACGGCUGCUACUAGUGCUGAGAAUGUUGACACAUGUGGAACUGCUGCUGGGAAUGUUAAGACGGGUGCUACUGCUCCUGACGAUGUUGACACGGGUGCUACUGUUUCUGAGAAGGUUGACACAGGAGCUACUGCUGCUGCGAAUGAUGACACGGGUGCUACUGCUGCUGAGAAUAUUGACACGAGUGCUACUACUGCUGAGAAUAUUGAUACGGGUGCUGCUGCUAAGAACGUUGCUAGAGGUGCAACUGAUGCUAAGAAUAAUGUGGACACGGCUGUUACUGAGAAUGUUGGCACGGGUGCUACUUAUGCUGAGAAUGUUGACACAGCUGCUAAUAAGAAAUGUUGA